AUGGCACCAUCUAGAAACAAACUACUGAGUGCCUCAGCAUCAGCAUCAGCAUCGGCAUCGGCAUCGGCAUCAGCUAGCAGCUCCGAUUCAGAAGGCGGCGGGUUCGUGGUGAAUGAUCCCCAGUACUCCCGAAGGAAUAUGAGAAAGACCAGAAGCCAAAACACGUCAUAUAAGGAGGAGAGCGAUGAUGACUUUGAUCCUGACACGUUUGCCAAUGUGUCUGUCCCACAACGGAAACGAAAGACGCGUGCCUCGGCAACCACCCCAUCGCGUACCAAUAAGCGGAAGAAGGCUCCUAAGGAAUCAGACGACGAUGACGAGGAGUUCACUCUAGAUAAUGUCCUAGAGGACGAAGCUAGUUCUGCUGACGAGGACUUGGUGAUUGUGGGAAGCAGUAGUGUCGACAGGAAUGGCUCAUCUGCCGAUUUAUCCAUCGUGCUUUCAGAAGAGAGUGAAGAUGACAUACCACUUGCAAAUAAAACAGCGCCUAAACGAAAGAAGAAGGCCCCGGCUAAAUCUAAGAAGAAGAAACCCGUCAAGGUUAAAGUUCCAUAUUUCACGCGUAUCACUAAUAAAUUAUAUGACAUGCAUCCAUACUUGAAGGACGUGUUUCCAUACUUGGCAAACUGUGAAAAGGUAGAGACUAAACGAGCAGAACACCCCCCGGGAAUGACAAUACGACUUUUGCCCUUUCAAUUAGAAGGGUUGAACUGGCUUAUUAAGCAGGAGGAUGGGGAGUUUCAAGGGGGGAUUCUUGCUGAUGAAAUGGGUAUGGGUAAGACUAUUCAGACGAUUGGGCUCUUCAUGCAUGAUCGAACCAAGAGACCAAAUUUGGUUGUGGGACCCACUGUUGCAUUGAUGCAAUGGAAGAAUGAAAUUGAAAAACAUACCGAUCCAGGCAUGUUGAAGGUUUUAUUGUUCCAUGGCGCCAAUAGAACAACCAGUAUCGAAGAACUAUCUGAAUAUGAUGUGAUUCUUACUUCCUACUCUGUUUUGGAAUCAGUUUACCGUAAACAAACGUAUGGAUUCAAGAGAAAGCUUGGUGUUGUCAAGGAAAAGUCCCCCUUGCAUAAUAUGGAAUUUUACCGAGUAAUUCUUGAUGAAGCACACAAUAUCAAAGAUAGAACAUCUAACACCUCAAAAGCAGCAAACAAUCUCAACACGAAAAAGAGAUGGUGCUUGACCGGUACUCCUUUACAAAACAGAAUUGGUGAAAUGUAUUCGUUAAUUCGAUAUAUGAAAAUUGAACCAUUUUUCCAGUACUUCUGUACCAAAUGUGAUUGUAAGAGUUCUGAAUGGAAUUUUUCGGAUUGGAGACAUUGUGAUCAUUGUGGACAUGCACCUAUGGUACACACCAAUUUCUUUAAUCAUUUCUUGCUCAAGAAUAUUCAGAAACAUGGGAUUGAAGGUGAUGGGUUGACUAGUUUUAUGAACUUGCGUUUGCUUCUUGACAAUAUAAUGUUGAGAAGAACCAAGCUCGAGCGAGCUGAUGAUUUGGGAUUGCCUCCUAGAAUUGUGGAAAUACGGUAUGAUAGGUUCAAUGAAGAGGAGAAGGAUUUGUACACAUCUCUUUAUAGUGAUUCCAAGAGAAAGUUCAACCAUUAUGUGGCCGAAGGGGUUGUUUUGAACAAUUAUGCCAAUAUUUUCACCUUGAUUACCAGAAUGAGACAAUUGGCCGAUCAUCCUGAUUUGGUGCUUAAGAAAUCAGGGAAUAACGCUAUUUCUCAUGAUAUAGAAGGGGUGAUUAUGUGUCAAUUGUGUGAUGAUGAAGCAGAAGAACCGAUUGAAUCCAAGUGUCACCACAGGUUCUGUCGAAUGUGUAUUCAAGAGUAUAUUGAAUCGUUUAUGGGCGAGGAAAGCAGUUUGGAAUGUCCAGUUUGUCACAUUGGGCUUUCUAUAGAUCUCGAACAGCCUGCUAUUGAAGUGGAUGAGGAAUUAUUUACGAAGGCAUCGAUUGUCAAUAGAAUCAAGAUGGGGUCGCAUGGUGGCGAAUGGAGAUCUUCGACCAAGAUCGAAGCAUUGGUUGAAGAAUUGUACAAACUUCGCUCGGAUAAACAUACUAUUAAAUCAAUUGUGUUUUCUCAGUUCACGUCGAUGUUGGAUCUUAUCGAAUGGAGAUUGAAACGUGCCGGGUUCCAAACUGUGAAGUUACAAGGUUCAAUGUCUCCACAACAGCGUGACAGCACAAUUAAACAUUUUAUGGAAAACACCAAUGUGGAAGUAUUUCUAGUUUCGUUAAAGGCCGGUGGUGUGGCACUUAAUCUUUGUGAGGCAUCACAGGUGUUCAUUAUGGAUCCAUGGUGGAAUCCCAGUGUGGAGUGGCAGUCUAUGGACAGAGUGCACCGUAUUGGUCAACGAAGACCGAUUCGAAUCACGAGAUUCUGUAUCGAAGAUAGUAUUGAGCUGAAGAUUAUCGAGUUGCAGGACAAAAAGGCCAAUAUGAUUCAUGCUACGAUUAAUCAAGACGAUGCGGCAAUCAGUAGAUUGACUCCCGAUGAUUUACAGUUUUUGUUUAUGAAUUAA